AAGCGUUCAAUAACACAGGCCGAUCUUCAGGAAGUGCACCGUGCAGUUUUGCGUUGCCAGGAGAGGAGAAGCGAGCUAGAGGCUGUCGCAGAGCUCGAUAACGCUUUAUUUCUCCCGUCUGAAAUCCGGCAUAAUUACACAUUUCUAAAGGAGUUUUCAUGCUUUUGCGACAACAAGGACAUAAUACAGGGUGGUCGAGGUAUGACACUGACCAGGGGCUCCUUCACGUACUCAACUGGAGAAGAGUACAGUGGUGAAUGGAAGGAAGGAAGGAGACAUGGAGUAGGGCAGCUGAAGUUUUCUGACGGCACUUGUUACAAGGGUCACUUCGAGAACGGCCUGUUUCAUGGCUCUGGGAUCUUAAUGUUCCCUGAUGGAUCCAGGUAUGAAGGUGAAUUUGCCCAAGGAAAAUUCCAAGGUGUUGGAGUUUUUAGCAGAUUUGAUGGUAUGAAGUUUGAAGGAGAAUUCAAAAAUGGUCGUGUGGAAGGACAUGGCUUACUGACAUUUCCGGAUGGUUCCCAUGGUAUUCCACGGAAUGAGGGGGUCUUUUCUGACAACAAGCUACUGAAGCGGGAGAAGAGCCAGGCGGUGGUGCAGAGGGCCCGGAGCUCAGCCUGCACUGCACGCAGUCUCUCUGUAUGAUCAACACAUAAAUGAUCUGAUAAUCACCAUGCUGCUGCUCUCAGAUCAGCUUCUCAAACUCCACUCCAACUGCAGAGGUAAACAUAGAGAACUGAGGAUCUGCACAUAGAGCUCUUUUUCAUGUGGGCGUUGCAGCAGACCCUCAGGAGUGGAUAACAGGGUUUCUUUUCCCUCUGUCUCUUUUUUCAGUGCUGGUCUGCAUCUGAUGCCUCUAGCUUAGAAUAUAUUAAUAUAUAUGUAUGUAUGUAUAUAUAAACUUUGUGCAAAGUUUAUUAUUAAUGCAUCAGUGUGAACUAUUUCAUCUUGAAUAAUGGAGAAACCAAAGUCACCAUUUACAACAUGGGGCUAUUGAGUGUUGGAAAUGAGGAGUUUGUGUGUAACAGUGAGAUUAUUUGCCUUUGUGAGACUGAUCUUCUUUAUUAUUUAUCUAUUUAUUUAACAUGUUAUUUAAAUGUUAUUUCUGGCACAUUUUAUUUAGGUAGAAACAAUCUGACUUGAAUAUAAAUUCACUUAAAUGUAUAUGAAAAUGUAAUAUUUGGAUUUGUAUAUACCUCAUAAAAAAGACACUGGAUAUCCAGUAUUGAUGUUCGAGAUCAUUCUAAGCCUAUACAUGCAGUGGACAUAUUUUGAGUACAAAGCCAAUGAUGUGCUCUUAAUUAAAAUCAGGCAGCCUGGACAAUGAAGAGUGCCACACAGGUGAUCCUCCUGGCGUUCUAACCAGUAUGUUUCAUUUUUCUUCAUGCACUUUGUGUAAUAUGUUCUGAUACAUUUGAGGUUAGAAAGUUAAAGUCAGGCUAGACUGACUAAUUAUAGUACCUGCACUGUAAAAGCAAGUAUUUGAUCUUUUUUUUUUUUUUUAGAAUUUUUUUUAUUCCAAAUGGUUAUGAGAAUGACUGGAAAA